CGAUUUGUCCGUGUGCAUUUGCCUGUAGUCCAGAAAAUCUCUAUGAACAAUGAUCAAAGUGUCAGCCUAAUUUUCAGUCUGCUGUUAAAGAAAGUUACUGCACGGUCCAAGUUUCGGUAGGCAUGCCUAAACAAGUAGCCUUAGGCUACGUGAACUAAUCAAUUUUUGCACAAGUGUGUAGCCUACAUAGCCGUUUUCUGUAAAUAACAAAAUGUAGGCUAUGCACGGUACACUUUCUAGAUCGCCAGGGAUUGUCCGCUGUAGAGGUUAUAUGUAACCGGUUUGUGUUUGAAGUGUCACCACCAAGAUCAGCUAUAAGGUCUUUGCGUAGGCUACUUCCUCUAAAGUUAUUUGUUGCAAUUUUGUAACCAUCCUCGGUUCCCCUGUGCAUUGCAAGUUGUUUAAAAAGCUGAACAAAUAAGGCCGGUUUAACAUUUACAAUUAUGCUCUUUCGUCUAUCCUAAGGGAAGAUUAGGCAUGCAGCCAAAUGAAGUCAGGUUAAAAUGAAUAGGCUAUUCUCUAAAACCAGACUAAUUAACUGGUGCUGUGCAGAACACCUUAACAAGUCCAGAGUUCAACCUGUCUUCAGUGUCGACAAUGGUAGAAACCCGACAGCACACUCCAAGAUGAGCGCGUCAGAUAUGAGGAAUCGUCGGGUGGCUAUUGUGGGAGCUGGGGCCGCAGGUCUCUGCGCUGCGCGGCACAUAUUGGCGCGUCCUAAAACAUUUGCCUCUCCUGUGGUGUACGAGCGGACACCACACGUGGGAGGUACCUGGUUCUAUGAGGACAGUGUGGAGCCCCAAGACAGACGGCAUGUCCAUAGCAGCAUGUACAGAGAUCUCAGAACAAAUUUACCCAAGGAGGUGAUGAUGUUCCCUGAUUUUCCCUUUGAGGCCCACCUGCCUUCGUUCUUGCCUCAUCAGGAUGUUCAGAAUUAUCUAAAAAGAUACUGCACACAUUUUGCCAUUACACCACACAUCAAGUUCGACACGGCCGUGGAAGAGGUGAGGCCCAUCGCCAUGGAAAUGGACAGAGAGAAAGGCCUGGCGUGGGAAGUGACCUCACGUGAUAAACAUGGAACACAGAACACUGAAACGUUUGAUUCUGUGUUCAUCUGUACAGGGCAUUAUUCAGACCCACACACCCCUCCCACCCCAGGGCUGCAGUAUUUUAAAGGAAAGGUGAUGCACAGCCAUUUCUACCGCUACCCUGAGCCGUUUGCUGGUCAGUCUGUUGUAGUCUUCGGAGCUGGGGCCUCGGGGUUGGACAUAUCCAUUGAGCUGGCCCAGGCAAAGGCCCAGGUGAUUCUGAGCCACGGCAAGCCAGCACUGACCUUCCCUCUGCCCCCCGGGAUCCGCCAGGCCCCUCUCUUAACCAGGGUCCAGGAGGACGGCCGUGUCCAGUUCCAGGACGGCUCGGUGGCCGAGGCGAAUGUCCUCAUGUUCUGUACAGGGUACAAUUUCAGCUUCCCGUUUCUGCGCCCGGAGCAACUGCACUUAGAUAUCCGGGACCACGUAGUGAUCCCCCUGUACAGGUUCAUCCUGCCUCCUGCCUUUCCCACACUCUUCUUUAUUGGGGUCUGCAAAACGAUCUGCCCCUUUCCACACUUCCAUUGUCAGGUCCAGUUUGCGUUGGCGGUGCUUGAUGGCACCGUUAGCCUGCCAUCUCGAGAGGAGAUGGAACGAGACGUCCAGAACAUCGUGGACAGAAAGACCGCGAUGGGCGUCCUGGAGAGACACCUACUGAGAAUGGAGUCUGAGCAGUGGAGCUACUACCAAAGUCUCGCGGACAGCGGCGGGUUUUCACCUUUGGCCCCAGUGAUUCAGAGCCUGUAUGAGGAAGUGGGAAGACAGCGGAAGAAACACCCACAGAAGUACAGGAAUGCGAACUAUCAACUCAUUACUGACACCAAGUGGGAAUCACUGGAGAAAACACACUGAACAGAAAUGCAUUCAUUCCAGUGGGGUGGUUAAAUUCCAAGAUAAUCUGUCAUCAUCUGCAUUAUAAAUGUCUUGGAAAUAGGCCUAUAUGUAUUGUAUUAGAAUAUAUUGAUUACCUCAGGUAAGUGGCUUGUAUUUCCGAAUUAUAUUCUAUAAUGGUUGAAAUGGAAAUUAAAGGAUAUAUUCAUAUUUAAAAGUAAAAGAAUUGUACAUUUGUGUAUGAUUGAUUAGCCACCCACACUGCCUAGGCAUCGGCUGCAGUGCACAAACAAAUUGCGCAACAACUGGUCUAACAGCCCCGUUUCUGAGACGUGUUUUGAAAAGCUAAUGUUGCGGGACAUCAUGGUGUCAAACCCAAGGCAUUGGGCGUAACGCAACAGCUGCUGCUGCGAUGUCAGGAAUUCAGCGCCACUUGAACUAG